CCUGUACUGUCUGCAGUCUCUGGUCAUCCCCUGUACUGUCUGCAGUCUCUGGUCAUCCCCUGUACUUAUGUUCACAGUCUCUGGUCAUCUCCUGUACUGUGUCCGCAGUCUCUGGUCAUCUCCUGUACUGUGUCCGCAGUCUCUCGUCAUCCCCUGUACUGUGUCCGCAGUCUCUCGUCAUCCCCUGUACUGUGUCCGCAGUCUCUGGUCAUCUCCUGUACUGUGUCCGCAGUCUCUGGUCAUUCCCUGUACUGUGUCCGCAGUCUCUGGUCAUUCCCUGUACUGUGUCCGCAGUCUCUGGUCAUUCCCUGUACUGUGUCCGCAGUCUCUGGUAAUUCCCUGUACUGUGUCCGCAGUCUCUGGUUAUCUCCUGUACUGUGUCUGCACUCUCUGGUGAUCCCCUGUACUGUGUCCGCAGUCUCUGGUCAUCCCCUGUACUGUCUGCAGUCUCUGGUCAUCCCCU